AUGUCCCAAAAUCUACCUCCCUUAGUCAACGGACUACCACCCAGUGAAAACAUCACUGCGGACUCCAAAAUUGAUCAUGACGCGUCGAUAAAUUAUUGGAACAACGUUCCUGCGACGCCGGGCGGUAUGCUAGCUAUGCUAGGCAACUUCUCUUGGUAUACUCGCAUCGAACUGCGAGGGUCCAAAAUCUUCUUAGCCAAAGUCCGACGAUUAAUUCCUACGCUGUCCGAUCACCAAAAAUUCGGUCUAGGUGUCGACUGCGGCGCGGGCGUCGGUCGCGUGACGGAGGGUUUCCUCAGCGAUGUCUGUGAGGUGGUGGAUAUUGUCGAGCCGGUAGAAAAGUUCACUCAGGCUCUCAAGGAAGGGGAACUAGGACAGCGGGGUGUGGUUGGGGACAUAUAUAACGUUGGCCUUCAGGAUUGGAGCCCGCGUAAAAACUACGAUUUGAUCUGGACUCAGUGGUGCGUGGGGCAUCUCACAGAUGCACAGCUGGUUGCAUACGUUGCAAGGUGUCGUGAGAGUUUGAACAACUCCGGAAUCAUGGUUGUGAAGGAGAAUCUCUCCACUGAUCCCUUCGGGAAUGACAUGUAUGACAAGUUGGACAGCAGUGUCACAAGGACGGAUUCGAAGUUUAAAGAGAUCUUCAAAGCGGCUGGCAUGGACGUGGUCAAGUCGGAGAUUCAAACUGGAUUUCCAAAGCAAUAUAAGCUCUUGCCAGUCAAAAUGUACGCGCUACGACCAACAAAUUGA